AAAGGAAUGAAUAUUUAAUGUAAUGACUAUAGAUGACUAGUAAAUAGUAUAAUCACACCCAUUGUGUAAAUGUAAUGUUCAUUUAUUAUAAAAAUUCGUAGAAAUUUUCAACGAUAAUAAAAAUGAUAAAUGAUCAAAAACAAUAUUAUUUUAUUUUAAUAAUUAGAGUAGAAAGUUUAGUGUACAAUUAACCUCAUUUAUUCAUUUUUUAUAAUGAUGUCAUCAGUCAUUCAUUGAUUCAGAUUUAAAUUAUUCUGAAAGAAUGUUACAUUAAUAAAUGUUUGUACUUACAAUUGGCAUAAAUAAUUACUAAAUUGUGAAAACUGUAAUAUAAAACAUUACAAUAUAAUGAUAAUAUUAUCUCUGCUUUUUUAUUUUUGUAAUUAUGUACUUAGUCAAAAAUAUGAGGGUUGUUUUCAAAGUUCGGCAUUAGAUCCUGAUUUACCAACCCUAAUAUUAAAUCAUACUAAUUCACCAUCAAAAUGUAUAAAAGAAUGUAUUUCACGUUAUUAUAUGUUUGCUGGAUUAAUGAAUGGUCAACAAUGUUUUUGCGGUAGUAAAUAUGGUAGAAAAGGUAUAUCUACCUCUUGUAUUCUUUGUAUUACUGAUCCAAAUAAUUAUUGUGGUAAUAAAUAUGCAAUAAGUAUUUAUUCAACUGGACAAAUAGGUCCUAGUCCACCAAGAAGUGCUCAAGUAAUUCAUAAUGGAUUUAAUAGUUUACAAAUUACUUGGGAACCACCUGAUAUUAGCAAUGGAAAUAUUACAUAUUAUACUUUAAAAGCAAUGGUUGUACAAACAUUUGCUUCAAAUUCAAUACCAGCUGUAGAAAGUCAAAUUCAAGGAGGAGCUUCAAAUAGUACUAUUUUACAAGGUUUACAACCAGGCACACAGUAUAAUAUAUCAAUCACUGCAACAAAUACUCAAACAGAUAGUGAAUCUGUAUAUAUUUUGGGAUGGACUUUAAUAGGUCCACCUAAUAAACCAACAAUACCAAAAGUAAUAGAACAAACAAGUACUACUGUAACUGUUUUAUUAUCAGAAGGAAGUAGUGAAUUUGGUCCAAUUAGUGCUUAUCAAGUAUUUGUUUGCCAAUUUGGUAUAAUACCUCCAUCAGAUCCUAAUGUAACUUACUAUAAUUAUAAAAUAUCAAUGCAAGAAGGUUUAGGAUAUUAUAUUACAGGAGAAUUUGAAUCUUCAGAAUUUUAUAAAUAUAAAAAAUUUAUAGUAGGAGAUGGAAAAAUGAUUGGCACAUAUUAUAAUGCACCAUUAAAUAGUAAUAUAAUGCCACAAAUAGGUUUAAUAGUAGUUUCUAAAUUUCAAAGACAAAUACAGUAUGCUUAUUCAAAUUUAGUCAAUAAAAUAAUUAAUCAUAAUGAGAAUCAAAAUGAUAAUAUGAAUUCAAUAACAAUCAUACUUUGCAUUGCAAUUGGUCUUUUAGGAACAUUACUUAUAGCUUUAAUAGUACUCUAUCUUAUAUUACGACAACGCCAUGAAAAAAUUCAGAUGAGAAAACUUCCAGAACAACAAGAACUUACAUUACAAGGCCCAUUAUAUGAAGUUGACAAUUUAGCAUAUAUUCCAGAAGAUGUUCCUGAAAGGAUAAAUUAUUAUCAAGAAUUAAAGAAAAAAGUGUGGAUUAUACCACAAAACUUAUUGACAAUCAAUGAUACAGUAAUACGUAGAGGUCGAUUUGGUACAGUACAUACAGGUGCUAUUGAGGAAAAUGGCAAAUUUUCUACUGUAGCAAUUCAUAGUAUAGCUGAUAAAUUAUUAAAAGCAUCUGACAAAAGACAUAUGUUACGAGAAUUAGAUGUUUGUAUUAAAGUAUCUCCCAUGAAAUAUCUUGCAGAUCUUGUAGGAACAUGUGAAACACAUGAUACAUUGCAUAUUGUACUUGAAUUACCACCACAAACUUUAAAAAAUUGUCUAUUAGCUGCCAGAUCUGGAAAUAUAUUUCCUGUUGAAAAAAUUUUAUCUAUAGGAUCUAUGAUAGCAUCUGCUUUGCAGCAUCUUGAAAAUUAUAAAAUUAUACAUGAACAUCUUUGUGCACGUAGUAUAGGUCUUUCAAAUGAAUGGAUACCUAAAGUAAUGGGUCAUGGAAUAUCCAAAUAUGCUUUAGAAGAUAUGAAAUAUAUUCGAUGGACUUCUAUUGAAUGUCUUGAUAAUAAAAAAAAACAUCAACCAGCAGUAGUUUGGGCUUUUGGUGUACUUUUAUGGGAAAUGCUUAGUAUGGGUGGUACACCAUAUUCUAAUUUGUCACUUGACAGUGAAGUAGAAGAAGCAAUUGUACAAGGAGUUAGACUGCCACAAUUAUCAGAUAUUCCUGAUCCACUUUAUGAAGUUAUAUCAUCCUGUUGGAACAUUGAAAGUCAUGAAAGACCAACAUUUACAGAAUUAAUAAGAUUAGAAACCUUAAGUAUUUGUCCAAUCACUGCAAUUACAGAACCAUAUAUUCCAGAAUUAGAAUUAAAUUAACUUUUUUCAUAAACAAAUUUUUAUAUUUUUUUAUUUACAUGAUAUUAUGUGUUGUAUAUAACAAUCUUGUUGAAUAUUUUCAAAAAUUUAUUUUUAUGUAUUUUGU